CUCCCUCCAUGCACGGGAUGGAGUUUGGGAUGCAGGAGCCUCCAGCCGCUGCCCUGUCCCGCAGGCACCGUGGCAGCCCACGACAUCUCCUGCUGGAAGAAAUGCACCAGCAAGCUUUUCCACUGCUCCUGGCCUCCCCUCGGCCCCGCCGGCAACACCUCCUACAUCCUGAACUUCUGCUUUGAGAAGAACCGCAAGUGCCGCCGGUAUGGGGUGGGCACGGCCACCAACUACAGCCCCCCGCAUCGCCAGUUGUACAUGCUGGAUAACACCACGGCCUGGGUGGAGGCACGCUGGGGGGAGCAGAUCCACAAGACCCCCAACCACACCCUUCACCUCAACAAGGCUGUCAAACUGGAUCCACCUCCGGACGAGAUGCUCUUCUCCAAGACUGGUGGCAAGCUGAGGGUGCAGGUGCCACGGCCACAGUGCCAAGGCCUGGAGCAGCCGGCACAGCAUGAGGCUCGCUUCUGGAGGGUGGGAGACAGCAGCUGGACACAGGUGACAUGUGAGACUGUGAUGGGGACAGGUGAAAAUGACUCAGUGACCUGUGUCCUGGGGGUCAAUGGCACCUUCGUGGUCCAGCUCCGGCACAAGCCUCCCCACUGGAGCAGCUACUGGAGUGACUGGAGCAGCAACAUCUCUGUUCCCGAGGAAAUCCUGAGGAGCCCGGUGCUGAGCCAUCAGCUGGGCAAACUGGGGAGAGACGGGCAGCGGGUGCUGAGGCUGAGCUGGCAGCCAGUCCUGAAGGAGCAAAGGGAUGUCACCUACAAGCUGGACGUCCACAUGUUGGCAUGUGACUGUGCAGAGUCAGAUGAGGAGGACCCUGUGGAGCUGGGCUGGGAGGUGACAGAGCACAACCUCACCCUCUCCGGGGCUGAAUACGAAAUCCUGCUGACCGCGGUCAAUGCCGCGGGGCCGGGGCCGGCGCAGCAGCUCCGUGUGCCCGCAGAGCAGCGCACAGGUACCCGCCCUACCCCGAUUUUCCCCCGUUUCAUCCCAGAUCUCAGGUUCAAGGAGAUCAGCGUGGCCGGCAGCACCGUGACUGCGCGGUGGGAAGCGCCGGUCCCUGGCGAUGCCUUCUGCUUCGAGCAGCAGACGCUGCCGGAGCCUCCGAAACAGGGAGUCUGCUCCCAGCAGGAAUUCCCUGCUCACAGCAUCCACGUGCAGAGAGGAGCGCUGGGAGCGCCGGGCUGUCACCGCCUGGCCGUGCACGGCAGGGACACGGAGCGAGGCUGGGCCACCUUCGCCUUGUGGCACCUCUACUCCAGCAAUGAUUCGCUGCUCGUGCCCGUCAACAUCAGCGCCGGGGACGCCGCAGUUGUGCUCCGGUGGAAGCCGUCCCCCCGUGCCGCCUGUCCCGGAGCGCUGGACAAGUACCUCAUCUGCCACGAGGCUGAGGGGGACAACGCGAGCUACAGUGAAGUGGAUGCCACGGCAUCAAACUACACCCUCCAAAACCUCCAGCCUGGCACAGCCUACAGGGUGGGUGUUUGGGAGGUGACAGAGGACAGCGAGAGGACCUGCAGUGCUUGGUGGCACUUCCAGACCAAGGGGCUGGGUCCCCGGGGAGCAGCGUGGAGAAGCAACCUGAACUACCUGGGCAUCUCGCUUGGUGUCCCCGCCGCAGCUGCCAUCUACCACCUGAGCAAAAAGAGGGCUCGCCGCCUCCUCUUCCCACCCCUCCCCAAGCCCGUGGGCACCAAAGCCAUCCAGUUCUCGGCGGACGAGAUGAGCCAGGGCCAGCCCCGGACAGGCCUCCUGGAGCCCUCGGAGAGGUUCAGCCCAGCCGAGCUGCUGCUGACGGAGCCGAAUCCCAGUGAGGAGACGCCUGACACGGACACCCAGACUGCGGUGCCACUCCCCGAGGUGUCGCAGGCCGGCCCAGCGCUGGAAAAGCCGGCGGCAGCGGUGGCGUUCCCGCAGGGCUGCGGGGAGGAGCUGCCCUUCGCCUACCGCAGGCAGGACACUCUGAGCCCGGGGGGAUCUCCACCCUCCGGCAGCAGGGCCGGACACCCACCCAGAGAGGAGGAGGAGGAGGAAGAGGAGGGGAGGCAGGGGAUGCACCAGCCGCUGAUCCCCAUUGCCCUCCUCAUCUCCGACAAACCCAUCAUCAUCAGGGAUGAGGAAGGAUGGGAUCCCGUGCCGUGACCAUCACCGGGCUGGAGGAGCAGGAAGGGCACGGGGGUGUCCCAUGGAAUGCGAGGUGUCUGUGUGGGAUGCUGAGUGCCCAGUCCGUGCGUGGCACCGGCACUUUCAGGGGGUUUUCUGGUUUCCAGGACACGGAAGGCGAUGUCUCUGGAUGCGGCAUUGCACCGGGACAGGUUUUGGCCACGCUGUUUCCAGCCUCAACCUUUCACCAGCGAUAAAACCCAAGCGAAGGCGGCUGCAGCUUCUGGCCAGGACCGAGGGUAUUUCCAUGGCUGGAUGGGGAGGAGAAGCAGAGCCUCAUCCAGCCGGCUGCUGCCUCUGGAACCAGUAUCGUGGUGGGGACUCAAAAAGCCCCAGCACUAAACACCAGAUACCUGCGAAAAAAUUUUAAAAUGUGCAAAAACUAAAGGAAAAAAAAAUUUAAAAAAAUAAACACAAACAUUAAAAAAUUAAAACAAUUGCACAAAGCAGCAGGGCUGAGAUGGUUUUUCCUCCCCUGACCCGAGCAGAUUAGAGCAAGGAUUUAGAGGCGAGGUUCAAUCCACGGCGCUGUGGAGGGCGCAGGGAGGCAGCCGGGAUGGGGGUCCAUGGGGGCCCCCCCAGCCCCCUCCAGUGGAGCCACGCCGCCUCCUCGGGCCUUAUCUGGGACAGAACUGGAGAUGAAAAGCGAUCUGUGGUUUUCUCUGCCUGGCGCGACGGUGUUUACUUGCUGAGACGGCAAAGAAAAAAA